AUGGGGGAGUGUCCAUGGGGUGUAAAUCACGCCCACAUGAUGUAAACUUUUCAAUACAGGCGUCUAAUGACGCCUCUCCCUCUGUUGUUGCCGCUGUCUUAUCCUCCCAGCAUCAGCACCUAGCCGAACUGAACAGCGACCGUUGUCGAGGAAAUGAUGCUCGACCAAGCGAGGGAGUUUGAGCAAUAAUGCUCAAUCGGGAGACGGAGGUAUUAUAUAUGGAUGAUUCGUGUCACCAAAACAUUUUAGGGAUGUCUGGGCGUCUGGGUAUCACACCUAGUCGCGGGCACGUUUGUGAAUCUCUCGUUGCGUUCUCUCACCAUUUAUGAUGCACCAUUCAUGAUGCGAGCUUCCCUCAUCAUUGAUCCCAAGAAUGGAAUGAAGAAAACGUUGAAAUUGCGCUAAGGCGAUUUAUUGUCUCAACAGGGCACCAUAGCCUGCCACGCGCACGUUUCGUUGAUUUAUAUAGCCUAUAGGCUAUACUUAGCCUACUUAUCGUCGGUUUUAGGUAGGAUAUGAGCCAUUGUAUAACGUCUUUUUGUUGUGACGACCAAGACUAUCUCAUUUGAGGGCGCCGUACAGAUAACAGGGCUAUGCAAGCCAUCCAAACAAAGGCACCCGAACAACCCCAUUGACACACCUGCUGCCCCGUCGCCACUGACAUGACAACGCUGAGUCGAAGGAGCAGGUGCAAAGGGCACCGACCUGCAGCCGGACGCGUGGACUCGAAAAGGAAGUGGGACUUCGGGCUCGCAGAGAGUAAGCAGCAUCCCGGAGGGGGACCUAUUGCAGUUUCUGGGGACAAGCACCAAGGGCAGUGCGGCACACAACAGUCACACCGGGGAAGGCUGCAGGGGGCUGUUCAGUGUACCUUCCCCACACUCACUCUCCAUACCGCACUUGCAUUAACGUUCCGUUUUCCCAGUGCAGAAAAAUGCUUAACUGCUGCUGUAUUGAUUUGAUAUCGAAUGUUGCCUCAAUGUCUGUAUUCGAAAUGAUGCCUCUAUUUCGUUUUCUUCAACCCAGUAAUUUGACCGUAUCAGUGAUGGGUAAAUGAAAAGAUUGAUAUUGAUUUAAAAGCUGGAUGGAAUCCGAGAGGGACUGAUGUGCAUACUGGUCAGGUAUCAUCUUCUCCCUUCGUCUCUGGUUCUGCUUACUCUGCUACUUGCCAGCACCAUGGGCUGUAUCCAGAGCAUCUCCUGCAAGCCUCGCAUUAGAAGGGAGAACAUUGUAGUCUACGAGGUAUCGGCCUCCAUUGACCAGUGCCCAACGGUGAUAGAGGAGAACUCGCCCAUAGUGCUGCGGUAUAAGACACCUUACUUCAGGGCCUCCGCAGGGAUCGUGAUGCCUCCGGUGCCCCGCAAUGAGACCUGGGUGGUGGGUUGGAUCCAGGCUUGUACACAAAUGGAGUUCUACAAUACUUAUGGGGACAUUGGCAUGUCCAGCUGGGAGUUACCAGAGCUCCGUGAGGGCCGGGCCAAGGCCAUCAGCGACUCGGACGGGGUCAGCUACCCAUGGUACGGCAACACCACUGAGACGGUCACCCUUACGGGUCCCACGUCCAAACCGUCGCACCUCACAGUCAGCAUGAACGACAACUUCUACCCCAGUGUGACCUGGGCCGUUCCCAUCAGCAACAGCAACACGCCAAUGCUGUCACACAUCUCCCGAGACCAGAGCUUCAUCACCUGGUUGGUUGCCAUCAACUCUGUCACCAAGGAGCGCAUCGUGCUGCAGACUGUGCGGUGGCGGAUGCGGGUGGACAUCGCCGUGGACCCUGACAUGCCCCUGGGUUCCCGGGCCUCCCUAGUAGGACGUCCUCACCAGGAGCAGCCCCAUAUUCUCAACUACCAGGAACCAAUACCCCCCAACGCCCUGGGACGACCCAAUGCCAAUGACGCCCAAGUGCUGAUGUGGAGGCCCCGCAGAGGGGCACCCCUAGUGGUGAUACCGCCCAAAUAAGGUUGUAAAGACUGAGAAAACACAAUGUGAGUAGUUCAUGGUAAUGAGGAAGUGUGGCCCAUCGAAGGAGAGGGAAAUUAGGGAAAUUUGAUAAGGGAAGUUCCCUUAUCAAACAUGGCAGCUGCAGCUCUUCACUCGCACCUACUGUCAGGGUUCAAUGGAUGAUAGAAAUCGUGAAAAAGUUUAGGUAUUUUCUCUGGACUGGACUGCAUUGGAAUUGACACAGCGGAAGCCUAUAGAGCUAGACUGGUUUCGGAGGCAGGCUCAGCACUGCAUCAGCGUUUGAUUGAGUCCGACUGUUUUUGGACGGCCACAGUGCUGUACUAGAGUUCUAUCUAUCUGCCUUUGGAAAGAAAGGGACAGAGCUAUCGGAGUUCUACUGAGGUGGACUGAACACAGAACCUAUCGUACAGUAGGUCUUAUUGCAUGAGAGAGAAAACGGUCUUUGACUGGAAUAAGAAUAGUAUUUUGUAUCAGCUGAUCACACUUAGGACAUGGAAUGGAACUUCUUACAUUGGCCAUGAUAUCCUGAAAGCUGGAAAACUCCCUCAGUGCCAAUUAUGGACGUAACAGCCUUUAACAUAGAACACUUUAAGAACACUUUGUUAAGAUAUUUAAAUGAUGAGGCAAAUAAUAUUAUAUGAAUCUUCUGUUAGUUUAAGAUAAACUGAAUCAUCCAUCAGAUUGUAUUAAGAGCACCUACUUGGCAUAAAGGUCUAAAACGAAA